AUGAUGGAUGAUGAAGUGGUUUUACAAUGUACUGCGACCAUCCACAAAGAACAACAGAAACUGUGUUUGGCAGCUGAAGGAUUUGGCAACAGGCUCUGUUUCUUGGAGUCCACUUCCAAUUCUAAGAAUGUCCCUCCAGACCUAUCAAUAUGUACCUUUGUGUUGGAACAAUCCUUAUCUGUCCGAGCUCUCCAAGAGAUGCUGGCCAACACGAUGGAGAAAGCAGAAGGGCAAGUUGAUAUAGAAAAAUGGAAAUUCAUGAUGAAGACGGCACAAGGUGGUGGCCAUCGGACGCUCCUAUAUGGACAUGCCAUAUUACUACGACAUUCCUACAGUGGUAUGUAUCUCUGCUGUCUUUCCACCUCCCGAUCUUCAACAGAUAAAUUGGCAUUUGAUGUUGGGUUACAAGAAGACACAACAGGUGAAGCAUGUUGGUGGACCAUCCACCCUGCUUCCAAACAACGCUCAGAAGGAGAAAAAGUACGAGUUGGAGAUGACCUAAUUUUAGUCAGCGUGUCCUCUGAAAGAUACUUGCAUUUGUCUUAUGGCAGUGAAAUCUUACAUGUAGAUGCUGCAUUCCAGCAGACCCUCUGGAGUGUGGCCCCAAUCAGUUCAGGAAGUGAAGCAGCCCAAGGAUAUCUAAUUGGAGGUGAUGUGCUCAGAUUGCUUCAUGGUCAUAUGGAUGAAUGUUUAACUGUUCCUUCAGGGGAGCAUGGAGAGGAACAACGAAGAACAGUUCAUUAUGAAGGUGGUGCUGUAUCCAUUCAUGCUCGUUCCCUUUGGAGACUUGAAACGCUAAGAGUUGCAUGGAGCGGAAGCCACAUCAGAUGGGGUCAGCCAUUCAGAUUACGGCAUGUAACAACUGGCAAAUAUUUAAGCCUUAUGGAUGACAAAAGCCUUCUACUGAUGGAUAAAGAGAAAGCUGAUGUCAAAUCAACAGCAUUUAGUUUCCGGUCUUCUAAGGAAAAAUUAGAUAUAGGGAUAAAAAAAGAAAUAGAUGGUAUGGGAACAUCAGAAAUAAAGUAUGGUGAUUCAGUGUGCUACAUACAACAUGUAGAUACAGGCCUCUGGCUAACUUACCAAUCUGUGGAUGUGAAAUCUGUAAGAAUGGGAUCAAUACAACGUAAGGCUAUCAUGCACCAUGAAGGCCAUAUGGAUGACGGCUUAAAUUUAUCCAGAUCUCAGCAUGAAGAAUCACGCACGGCACGAGUAAUACGUAGCACAGUCUUUCUUUUCAAUAGAUUUAUAAGGGGCCUUGAUGCUCUCAGCAAGAAAGUGAAGUCUUCCACAAUAGAUUUACCAAUAGAGUCAGUAAGUCUGAGUCUACAAGAUCUGAUUGGCUAUUUCCAUCCACCAGAUGAACAUUUAGAGCAUGAAGAUAAGCAGAACCGAUUAAGAGCUCUAAAGAACCGACAGAAUCUCUUCCAAGAAGAGGGUAUGAUUAAUCUUGUCCUUGAGUGCAUAGACCGAUUACAUGUGUAUAGCAGUGCAGCUCAUUUUGCUGAUGUAGCUGGGAAGGAAGCAGGAGAAUCUUGGAAGUCCAUACUGAACUCUUUGUAUGAGUUACUAGCGGCUCUCAUUAGAGGAAAUCGCAAAAAUUGUGCUCAAUUUUCUGGUUCCUUGGAUUGGCUCAUCAGCAGACUGGAAAGACUGGAGGCAUCCUCAGGGAUUCUUGAAGUUUUACACUGUGUAUUGGUGGAAAGUCCAGAAGCUCUAAAUAUUAUUAAAGAAGGACAUAUUAAAUCCAUUAUCUCACUUUUAGACAAACAUGGACGAAAUCACAAGGUUCUUGAUGUCUUGUGUUCUCUCUGUGUUUGCCAUGGAGUUGCUGUCCGCUCUAAUCAGCAUCUAAUCUGUGACAACCUUCUACCAGGAAGAGAUCUACUACUCCAGACCCGUCUUGUGAAUCACGUGAGCAGCAUGCGGCCCAAUAUUUUCCUUGGCAUCAGUGAAGGAUCAGCUCAAUAUAGGAAAUGGUACUAUGAACUCAUGGUAGACCACACAGAACCUUUUGUGACAGCUGAAGCAACGCAUCUCCGUGUAGGUUGGGCUUCAACAGAAGGUUAUUCACCCUAUCCUGGGGGUGGUGAAGAAUGGGGCGGAAAUGGUGUUGGAGAUGAUUUGUUCUCCUACGGAUUCGAUGGACUUCAUCUAUGGUCAGGUUGCGUAGCACGAACAGUGAGUUCGCCAAAUCAACACCUAUUGCGAACUGAUGAUGUCAUCAGCUGCUGUUUAGAUCUAAGUGCCCCAAGCAUUUCAUUCCGAAUCAAUGGACAACCAGUUCAAGGAAUGUUUGAGAAUUUCAACAUUGAUGGCCUCUUCUUUCCAGUUGUUAGUUUCUCAGCAGGAAUAAAGGUACGUUUUCUUCUUGGAGGUCGACAUGGAGAAUUCAAAUUCCUUCCUCCACCUGGUUAUGCUCCUUGCUUUGAAGCUGUCCUGCCAAAAGAAAAAUUGAAAGUGGAACAUAGUCGAGAAUACAAGCAAGACCGAACAUACUCGAGAGAUCUGCUGGGCCCUACUGUUUCUUUGUCACAAGCAGCCUUCACACCAAUCCCUGUGGAUACUAGUCAAAUUGUUUUGCCUCCUCAUCUGGAACGAAUCAGAGAAAAAUUAGCUGAGAACAUCCAUGAGUUAUGGGUUAUGAAUAAAAUUGAACUUGGCUGGCAAUAUGGACCGGUCAGAGAUGACAACAAGAGACAACACCCCUGCUUGGUAGAAUUCUCUAAGCUUCCAGAACAGGAGCGCAAUUACAAUUUACAGAUGUCCCUUGAGACACUAAAGACUCUGUUGGCCUUAGGCUGUCAUGUGGGAAUAUCAGAUGAACAUGCUGAAGAAAAAGUAAAAAAAAUGAAACUUCCAAAGAAUAAUUUGGAGAGAACAAGCAGUUAUCAGUUAACAAGUGGUUAUAAGCCUGCUCCAAUGGAUCUGAGCUUUAUAAAACUCACCCCCUCCCAAGAAGCAAUGGUGGACAAAUUGGCUGAAAAUGCUCACAAUGUAUGGGCGCGAGAUCGCAUCAGACAAGGUUGGACUUAUGGUAUCCAGCAGGAUGUAAAGAACAGAAGAAACCCUCGCCUAGUUCCUUAUGCUCUUUUAGAUGAUCGUACCAAGAAAUCAAAUAAGGAUAGCCUCAGGGAGGCUGUCCGUACACUAUUGGGUUAUGGCUACAACCUAGAAGCUCCUGAUCAAGAUCAUGCCACUAGAAGUGAAGUGUGCAGUGGCACAGGAGAAAAGUUCAGGAUCUUCCGUGCUGAGAAGACUUAUGCUGUGAAGGCUGGAAGAUGGUACUUUGAAUUUGAGGCUGUUACUGCUGGAGACAUGAGAGUUGGCUGGAGUAGGCCAGGGUGCCAACCUGAUCAGGAGCUUGGCUCUGAUGAACGAGCUUUUGCUUUUGAUGGCUUCAAGGCACAGCGUUGGCAUCAGGGCAGUGAACAUUAUGGGCGCUCAUGGCAAGCAGGAGAUGUUGUGGGUUGUAUGGUUGACAUGAAUGAACAUACCAUGAUGUUCACCUUGAAUGGUGAAAUCCUCCUGGAUGAUUCUGGUUCAGAACUGGCCUUUAAGGACUUUGAGGUUAUUGAUGGAUUCAUACCAGUAUGCAGCCUAGGUGUGGCUCAAGUGGGACGGAUGAACUUUGGGAAGGAUGUCAGUACCUUGAAAUUUUUCACCAUCUGUGGGUUACAAGAGGGCUAUGAACCUUUUGCUGUAAAUACAAACAGAGAUAUUACAAUGUGGCUGAGCAAAAGGCUUCCUCAAUUUCUUCAAGUGCCAUCAAACCACGAACACAUUGAGGUGACCAGGAUAGAUGGCACAAUAGACAGUUCUCCAUGUUUAAAAGUUACUCAGAAAUCUUUCAGUUCCCAGAACAGCAGCACAGAUAUCAUGUUUUACCGCCUAAGCAUGCCUAUUGAGUGUGCAGAAGUGUUCUCCAAAACUGCUACUGGAGGGCUACCAGGCAACAGCCUUUUUGGCCCAAAGAAUGACUUGGAGGAUUAUGAUGCGGAUUCUGAUUUUGAAGUUCUAAUGAAGACAGCUCAUGGUCAUUUGGUGCCUGACAGGGCAGAAAAAGAAAAAGAAGCCACAAAACCAGAGUUCAAUAAUCACAAAGAUUAUGCUCAGGAGAAACCUUCUCGUCUGAAACAAAGGUUUAUGCUUAGAAGAACAAAACCAGAUUAUAGUACAAGCCAUUCUGCAAGACUCACUGAAGACGUUCUUGCAGAUGACAGAGAUGAUUAUGAUUACUUAAUGCAGACUUCUACGUACUAUUAUUCAGUGCGCAUUUUUCCUGGGCAAGAACCUGCUAAUGUUUGGGUAGGCUGGAUUACAUCAGAUUUCCAUCAGUAUGACACAGUCUUUGACUUGGACAGAGUUCGAACCGUAACAGUUACUCUGGGAGAUGAAAAAGGAAAAGUACAUGAAAGCAUCAAACGCAGCAACUGCUAUAUGGUGUGUGCGGGUGAGAGCAUGAGCCCUGGGCAAGGACGCAACAAUAAUGGAUUGGAGAUCGGCUGUGUAGUGGAUGCUGCCAGUGGGUUGCUUACCUUUACUGCAAAUGGCAAGGAACUGAGCACAUAUUACCAGGUCGAGCCAAGUACAAAAUUAUUUCCUGCAGUUUUUGCACAAGCUACAAGUCCUAAUGUUUUCCAGUUCGAGUUAGGAAGGAUAAAGAAUGUAAUGCCACUGUCAGCUGGAUUAUUCAAGAGUGAGCAUAAAAAUCCCAUUCCACAGUGCCCUCCACGUCUCCACGUACAAUUUCUCACACAUGUUCUUUGGAGCAGGAUGCCAAACCAGUUUCUGAAAGUGGAUGUUUCUCGAAUCAGUGAACGCCAAGGCUGGCUUGUUCAGUGUGUAGAUCCCUUGCAGUUCAUGUCCCUUCACAUUCCAGAGGAAAACAGGUCUGUAGAUAUAUUAGAAUUGACGGAACAAGAAGAAUUAUUGAAGUUUCACUAUCAUACUCUUCGCUUGUACUCAGCUGUCUGUGCUCUUGGGAACAACAGAGUGGCCCAUGCCUUAUGUAGCCAUGUGGAUGAACCCCAGCUUCUCUAUGCCAUUGAGAACAAGUACAUGCCAGGCCUGUUGCGCACAGGCUAUUAUGACCUGCUGAUUGACAUUCAUCUUAGCUCCUAUGCUACAGCCAGGUUGAUGAUGAACAAUGAAUUCAUUGUCCCCAUGACAGAUGAGACAAAGAGUAUCACCCUCUUCCCUGAUGAGAACAAAAAGCAUGGCCUCCCAGGGAUAGGUCUCAGCACUUCUCUGAGGCCAAGAAUGCAAUUUUCAUCUCCUAGUUUUGUAAGCAUUAGUAGUGAGUACUACCAAUAUAGCCCUGAAUUCCCACUGGACAUCUUAAAAUCCAAGACCAUACAAAUGCUGACAGAAGCUGUUAAGGAGGGAAGUCUCCAUGCUCGGGAUCCAGUAGGGGGGACCACUGAAUUCCUCUUUGUCCCUCUCAUUAAACUUUUCUACACCCUAUUAAUCAUGGGGAUCUUUAAUAAUGAGGACUUGAAACACAUUUUGCAGCUGAUUGAACCCAGUGUGUUUAAAGAAGCUGCCAGUCAGGAGGAAGAGAAUGAAGUCCUGGAAAAGGAACAUAACAUUGAAGAACCAGUGUUGGAAGGGGGAAGUGAAGAAGAGACCAAAGGAAGAAAGAUGCCCAAGGAAGGCUUGCUCCAAAUGAAACUUCCUGAGCCUGUUAAAUUGCAGAUGUGUCUUCUACUUCAGUACCUCUGUGAUUGCCAGGUACGGCACAGGAUAGAAGCCAUUGUUGCCUUCUCAGAUGAUUUUGUAGCAAAGCUUCAAGAUAAUCAACGUUUUCGAUAUAAUGAAGUUAUGCAAGCUUUAAACAUGUCUGCAGCAUUAACAGCUAGGAAAACAAAGGAAUUUCGAUCUCCACCUCAAGAGCAGAUCAAUAUGCUCCUGAAUUUUAAGGAUGAGAAAAAUGAAUGUCCGUGUCCAGAAGAUAUUAGGGAUCAACUCUUAGACUUCCAUGAAGAUUUGAUGACACAUUGUGGAAUUGAAUUGGAUGAAGAUGGAGGUCUGGAUGGAAACAGUGAUUUAACAAUUAGAGGACGACUGCUUUAUUUGGUAGAGAAAGUGACAUACCUAAAGAAGAAACAGACAGAGAAACCAGUUGAAAAUGACUCCAGAAAACCCUCUACCCUUCAGCAGUUGAUCUCUGAGACAAUGGUCCGAUGGGCUCAGGAGUCUGUCAUUGAAGACCCUGAGUUGGUGAGGGCUAUGUUUGUGUUAUUACAUCGCCAAUAUGAUGGAAUUGGUGGUUUAGUUCGGGCAUUACCAAAGACUUAUACCAUAAAUGGAGUCUCAGUAGAAGAUACAAUCAACUUGCUGGCAUCUCUUGGACAGAUUCGUUCUCUACUAAGUGUCAGGAUGGGCAAAGAAGAAGAGAAGCUUAUGAUUCGUGGCUUAGGAGAUAUCAUGAACAACAAAGUAUUUUACCAACAUCCCAAUCUGAUGCGGGCACUGGGAAUGCAUGAGACAGUAAUGGAAGUAAUGGUCAAUGUCCUUGGAGGUGGCGAGUCCAAGGAAAUCACCUUUCCUAAGAUGGUGGCCAACUGUUGUCGUUUUCUAUGUUAUUUUUGCCGUAUAAGUCGGCAGAAUCAGAAAGCAAUGUUUGAUCAUCUUAGUUAUUUACUGGAAAACAGCAGUGUUGGUCUUGCUUCUCCAGCAAUGAGGGGCUCAACACCACUUGAUGUAGCAGCAGCAUCAGUAAUGGAUAAUAAUGAAUUGGCCUUAGCUUUACGUGAGCCUGACUUGGAAAAGGUAGUUCGAUAUCUGGCUGGUUGUGGAUUGCAGAGCUGCCAGAUGCUGGUUACCAAGGGUUAUCCAGACAUUGGGUGGAAUCCAGUUGAAGGAGAGAGAUAUUUGGACUUUCUAAGAUUUGCUGUCUUCUGUAAUGGGGAGAGUGUGGAAGAAAAUGCAAAUGUUGUGGUCAGAUUGUUAAUCCGGAGGCCUGAGUGUUUUGGUCCAGCCUUAAGAGGGGAAGGUGGCAAUGGUCUUCUUUCAGCCAUGGAAGAAGCUAUAAAAAUAGCAGAGGAUCCUUCUAGAGAUGGUCCAUCACCAAUUAAUGGAUCCAGCAAAACCCUUGAUUUGACAACAGAAGAAGAGGAUACUAUCCAUAUGGGAAAUGCCAUAAUGACGUUUUAUGCAGCUUUGAUUGAUCUGCUGGGACGCUGUGCUCCUGAAAUGCAUUUGAUCCAUGCUGGCAAAGGAGAGGCUAUUAGGAUAAGGUCUAUUCUAAGAUCCUUAAUUCCACUCGGAGAUUUGGUGGGAGUCAUCAGCAUUGCUUUUCAGAUGCCAACAAUAGCUAAAGAUGGAAAUGUGGUGGAACCUGACAUGUCAGCAGGGUUUUGCCCAGAUCACAAGGCAGCCAUGGUUUUGUUCCUUGACAGGGUCUAUGGAAUUGAGGUUCAAGAUUUUCUACUUCAUCUUCUCGAGGUUGGCUUUCUGCCAGACCUCCGCGCUGCUGCUUCUUUAGACACGGCUGCUCUCAGUGCCACAGACAUGGCCUUGGCUCUCAAUCGGUAUCUUUGCACUGCAGUCUUGCCUUUGCUGACAAGGUGUGCUCCUCUUUUUGCUGGCACUGAACACCAUGCUUCACUCAUAGACUCACUGCUUCAUACAGUGUAUAGGCUAUCCAAGGGCUGUUCUCUUACAAAAGCUCAGCGGGAUUCCAUAGAAGUCUGUCUUCUUUCUAUUUGUGGCCAGUUGAGACCUUCCAUGAUGCAACACUUAUUAAGAAGAUUAGUUUUCGAUGUUCCAUUAUUAAAUGAACAUGCUAAGAUGCCUCUUAAACUGCUGACAAAUCAUUAUGAGAGAUGCUGGAAGUAUUACUGUCUUCCUGGAGGCUGGGGAAGCUUUGGUGCUGCCUCAGAAGAAGAGCUUCAUUUGUCAAGGAAGUUAUUCUGGGGUAUUUUUGAUGCCCUGUCUCAAAAGAAAUAUGAACAUGAAUUAUUCAAGCUGGCAUUGCCCUGUCUCAGUGCUGUUGCAGGAGCUUUGCCUCCUGACUACAUGGAAUCAAACUAUGUCAGUAUGAUGGAAAAGCAGUCAUCAAUGGAUUCUGAAGGAAACUUUAACCCACAACCUGUUGAUACCUCAAACAUUACAAUUCCUGAAAAGUUAGAAUACUUCAUUAAUAAAUAUGCAGAACAUUCACAUGACAAAUGGUCAAUGGAAAAGUUGGCAAAUGGGUGGAUUUAUGGGGAAAUAUAUUCAGACUCUUCUAAAGUUCAACCAUUAAUGAAACCGUAUAAGCUUUUAUCUGAAAAGGAAAAAGAAAUUUAUCGCUGGCCAAUCAAAGAGUCUUUAAAAACAAUGUUGGCUUGGGGGUGGAGAAUUGAAAGAACUAGAGAAGGAGACAGCAUGGCCCUUUAUACUCGGACAAGACGCAUCUCCCAGACAAGCCAGGUUUCUAUUGAUACUGCCCAUGGUUACAGCCCUCGAGCUAUCGACAUGAGCAAUGUUACCCUCUCAAGAGAUCUUCAUGCAAUGGCAGAAAUGAUGGCUGAAAAUUAUCACAAUAUAUGGGCAAAGAAAAAGAAACUGGAACUGGAGGCCAAAGUAGGAGGUGGCAACCAUCCCCUUCUGGUACCCUAUGAUACUUUGACAGCCAAAGAAAAAGCCAAGGAUAGAGAGAAAGCACAGGAUAUUCUCAAGUUUUUACAGAUAAAUGGCUAUGCCGUAUCCAGGGGAUUCAAGGACUUGGAAUUAGACACACCAUCAAUUGAGAAACGCUUUGCCUAUAGUUUCCUUCAACAACUUAUCAGAUAUGUGGAUGAAGCUCAUCAAUAUAUUUUGGAGUUUGAUGGUGGCAGCAGAAGCAAAGGAGAGCAUUUUCCUUAUGAACAGGAAAUCAAAUUCUUCGCUAAAGUUGUGCUUCCUUUAAUUGAUCAAUAUUUCAAAAACCAUCGCUUAUACUUCUUAUCUGCAGCAAGCAGGCCUCUCAGCACUGGAGGACACGCAUCUAACAAGGAAAAAGAAAUGGUUACUAGCCUAUUCUGCAAACUUGGAGUUCUUGUCAGGCAUAGGAUUUCACUAUUUGGAAAUGAUGCCUCUUCAAUUGUCAACUGCCUUCAUAUUUUGGGUCAGACUUUGGAUGCAAGAACGGUGAUGAAGACUGGCAUGGACAGUGUUAAAACAGCAUUGAGAGCAUUUUUGGAUAAUGCAGCUGAAGAUUUGGAGAAAACCAUGGAAAAUCUUAAACAAGGACAAUUUACUCACACUAGAAACCAGCCAAAAGGAGUGACUCAAAUUAUUAAUUAUACUACAGUGGCUCUUCUGCCAAUGCUGUCUUCACUGUUUGAACACAUCGGACAGCAUCAGUUUGGAGAAGACCUAAUAUUGGAGGAUGUACAGGUUUCUUGUUACAGAAUCCUGACUAGCUUAUAUGCUCUGGGAACCAGCAAGAGUAUCUAUGUGGAAAGGCAACGAUCUGCAUUAGGAGAAUGCCUGGCUGCAUUUGCUGGUGCUUUUCCUGUGGCUUUUUUGGAAACACAUCUGAACAAACAUAAUACAUAUUCAAUCUAUAACACUAAGUCUACAAGAGAAAGAACAGCUCUCAAUUUGCCAGCUAGUGUGGAAGAGGUUUGCCCAAAUAUACCAUCUUUGGAAAAGCUAAUGGAUGAAAUUGUGGAACUUGCAGAGUCUGGAAUUCGCUACACCCAAAUGCCGCAUGUCAUGGAAGUUAUACUGCCCAUGCUUUGUAGUUAUAUGUCCCGAUGGUGGGAACAUGGACCUGAAAACAAUCCUGACAGGGUAGAUACAUGUUGUACAGCCCUGAAUUCAGAGCACAUGAACACCCUUCUAGGGAAUAUAUUGAAAAUCAUUUAUAACAACUUGGGUAUUGAUGAAGGAGCUUGGAUGAAAAGGUUAGCAGUGUUUUCCCAGCCUAUCAUAAACAAAGUCAAGUCCCAGCUCUUAAAGUCACACUUCCUGCCACUGAUGGAGAAACUCAAGAAUAAAGCAGCUGUAGUAGUAUCUGAUGAAGAUCACCUCAAAGCUGAGGCUAGGGGUGACAUGUCGGAGGCUGAGCUUCUCAUUCUAGAUGAAUUCACCACCCUGGCACGAGAUCUUUAUGCCUUCUAUCCUUUGUUAAUUAGAUUUGUGGAUUUCAACAGAGCAAAGUGGCUAAAAGAACCAAAUUCUGAAGCAGAGGAGUUAUUCCGCAUGGUGGCUGAAGUAUUCAUCUAUUGGUCAAAGUCUCAUAAUUUCAAAAGAGAAGAACAGAACUUUGUGGUACAGAAUGAAAUCAACAACAUGUCUUUCCUUAUUACUGAUACAAAGUCAAAGAUGUCCAAGGCUGCAGUUACAGAUCAGGAAAGGAAGAAAAUGAAACGCAAAGGAGACAGAUAUUCUAUGCAGACCUCUCUUAUUGUAGCAGCCCUAAAGAGAUUGCUGCCUAUUGGAUUGAAUAUUUGUGCACCUGGUGACCAAGAGCUAAUUGCUCUAGCCAAAAAUCGAUUUAGUAUGAAAGACACAGAAGAUGAAGUACGUGAUAUUAUUCGCAGUAAUCUUCAUCUCCAGGGAAAGUUAGAGGACCCAGCUAUUAGAUGGCAGAUGGCGCUUUACAAAGACUUACCGAACAGAACUGAAGAAACCUCAGACCCUGAGAAGACAGUAGAAAGAGUACUGGAUAUAGCAAAUGUGCUUUUUCACCUUGAACAGAAACCUACAAAUAUGGGCCGGCGCUAUUACAGUAUGGGAAGUAUAGUAGAACAUCCACAACGAUCUAAAAAGGCCGUAUGGCACAAAUUGCUUUCUAAGCAGAGGAAACGAGCAGUAGUGGCCUGUUUCCGGAUGGCUCCAUUAUAUAAUCUCCCAAGGCAUCGGGCUGUCAAUCUUUUUCUUCAAGGUUAUGAAAAGUCUUGGAUUGAAACAGAAGAACAUUACUUUGAGGAUAAACUGAUAGAAGAUUUAGCAAAACCUGGAAUAGAACUACCAGAAGAAGAUGAAGAUAUAAAGAAAGUUGAUCCUCUGCAUCAGCUGAUUCUCCUGUUUAGUAGAACAGCCUUAACAGAGAAAUGCAAAUUGGAAGAAGAUUUUCUUUAUAUGGCUUAUGCAGAUAUUAUGGCCAAGAGCUGUCAUGAUGAGGAAGAUGAUGAUGGUGAAGAAGAAGUUAAGAGUUUUGAAGUCACAGGAUCCCAACGCAGCAAGGAAAAAGAAAUGGAAAAACAAAAACUCCUCUACCAGCAAGCACGAUUACAUGACAGAGGGGCUGCUGAAAUGGUGCUACAGACAAUCAGUGCCAGCAAAGGUGAAACUGGACCAAUGGUAGCUGCUACCCUGAAGCUUGGAAUUGCCAUCUUAAAUGGAGGAAAUUCUACAGUACAACAGAAAAUGCUUGACUACCUCAAAGAGAAAAAGGAUGUGGGCUUCUUUCAGAGCCUUGCUGGUCUGAUGCAGUCAUGUAGUGUUCUUGACCUCAAUGCAUUUGAGAGACAAAACAAAGCAGAAGGACUUGGAAUGGUGACAGAGGAAGGAUCAGGAGAGAAGGUAUUGCAGGAUGAUGAAUUCACUUGUGACCUCUUCCGUUUCCUCCAGUUGCUUUGUGAAGGACAUAACUCAGAUUUUCAGAAUUAUCUGAGAACUCAGACUGGUAAUAAUACAACUGUUAAUAUAAUCAUCUCCACAGUGGACUACUUACUGAGAGUUCAGGAAUCAAUUAGUGAUUUUUACUGGUAUUACUCUGGGAAAGAUGUAAUUGAUGAACAAGGACAACGAAAUUUUUCCAAAGCAAUUCAAGUGGCAAAACAGGUCUUCAACACUCUUACAGAAUAUAUUCAGGGUCCAUGCACUGGAAAUCAGCAGAGUUUGGCACAUAGCAGGCUUUGGGAUGCAGUGGUUGGUUUUCUACAUGUAUUUGCUCAUAUGCAAAUGAAGUUGUCUCAGGAUUCCAGCCAAAUUGAGUUGUUGAAAGAAUUAAUGGAUCUUCAGAAGGACAUGGUGGUCAUGUUGCUGUCCAUGUUGGAAGGUAAUGUUGUUAAUGGAACCAUUGGAAAACAGAUGGUAGAUAUGCUGGUAGAAUCUUCCAACAAUGUAGAGAUGAUUCUAAAGUUUUUUGACAUGUUUUUAAAACUAAAGGAUUUAACUUCUUCAGAUACAUUCAAAGAAUAUGACCCUGAUGGCAAGGGCAUUAUUUCCAAGAGGGACUUUCAUAAGGCAAUGGAAAGUCACAAGCACUAUACUCAAUCGGAAACUGAAUUUCUUCUAUCUUGUGCGGAAACAGAUGAAAAUGAAACCUUAGACUAUGAGGAAUUUGUGAAACGUUUCCAUGAACCUGCCAAGGACAUUGGCUUCAAUGUUGCUGUCCUCCUGACCAAUCUUUCUGAACACAUGCCCAAUGAUACCCGGCUGCAGACUUUCCUUGAAUUAGCAGAGAGUGUAUUGAAUUAUUUUCAGCCUUUUCUCGGCCGCAUUGAGAUUAUGGGUAGUGCAAAACGCAUUGAAAGAGUUUAUUUUGAAAUCAGUGAGUCCAGCAGAACCCAGUGGGAGAAGCCACAAGUCAAAGAAUCUAAAAGGCAGUUUAUUUUUGAUGUUGUUAAUGAAGGAGGGGAGAAAGAGAAGAUGGAACUUUUUGUUAAUUUUUGUGAGGAUACCAUUUUUGAAAUGCAGCUAGCUGCACAGAUCUCAGAAUCAGAUUUAAAUGAACGAUCAGUGAACAAAGAAGAAACUGAAAAAGAGAAUCCUGAAGAACAGGAACCUCGAAUGGGCUUUUUUUCCAUUAUGACUGUUAAAUCAGCUCUCCUUGCUCUUAGAUACAACAUCUUAACCCUGAUGAAAAUGCUUACUUUAAAGAGCCUUAAAAAACAGAUGAAAAAAGUAAAGAAAAUGACCAUGAAGGACCUGGUCAUGGCCCUCUUUUCAUCCUAUUGGAGUAUUUUGGUGGGCCUCCUACAUUUCAUAUCCAGUGUUUUUAGAGGCUUUUUUCGUAUCAUGUGCAGCUUGCUGCUGGGAGGUAGCCUGGUAGAAGGUGCUAAAAAGAUCAAAGUUGCAGAACUUUUGGCCAAUAUGCCAGACCCUACCCAGGAUGAAGUGCGAGGUGAAGGAGAAGAGGGGGAAAGGAAGGCUAUAGAAAUGGCCCUACCCACUGAAGAUCUAACUGACCUAAAAGAAUUAACAGAAGAAAGUGACUUACUAUCAGAUAUUUUUGGCUUAGACCUAAAGAGAGAAGGAGGACAAUAUAAGCUAAUUCCUCACAAUCCUAAUGCUGGCCUGAGUGAUUUAAUGAGUAACCCAAUCCCUGUCCCUGAAGUUCAAGAAAAAUGCCAGGAACAGAAAGUGAAAGAAGAUGAAAAGGAAGAGAAAGAAGAAAUGAAAUCUGAACCUGAAAAAGCAGAGGGAGAAGAUGGAGAAAAGGAAGAAAAAUCCAAAGAAGAUAAAGGCAAACAGAAGUUAAGGCAGCUUCAUACACAUAGAUAUGGAGAACCAGAAGUCCCCGAGUCAGCAUUUUGGAAAAAAAUAAUAGCCUAUCAACAGAAACUCUUAAACUACUUUGCUCGCAAUUUUUACAACAUGAGGAUGUUAGCCCUAUUUGUUGCUUUUGCGAUCAACUUUAUCCUGCUCUUUUAUAAGGUCUCCACUUCUUCUGUGGUAGAAGGAAAGGAAAUUCCUUCCCCAAGUGCAAGUGAAAAUUCCAGAAUAAGUAGUCUGGACAGCACAUCACAUCGACUCAUUACAGUACACUAUGUUCUAGAGGAGAGUAGUGGCUACAUGGAGCCUACACUUCGGAUCCUUGCUAUUCUCCACACAGUUAUCUCCUUCUUCUGCAUCAUUGGAUACUACUGCUUGAAAGUUCCAUUGGUUAUUUUUAAGAGAGAAAAGGAAGUAGCACGGAAAUUGGAAUUUGAUGGGCUUUAUAUUACAGAACAGCCUUCGGAAGAUGAUAUCAAAGGCCAGUGGGAUAGACUUGUUAUCAAUACUCAGUCAUUUCCCAAUAACUACUGGGACAAAUUUGUAAAAAGAAAGGUUAUGGACAAGUAUGGAGAGUUCUAUGGCCGAGAUAGAAUCAGUGAAUUGCUAGGCAUGGAUAAGGCUGCUCUAGAUUUCAGUGAUGCGCGAGAAAAGAAAAAGCCAAAGAAAGACAGCUCCUUAUCAGCUGUACUAAAUUCAAUUGAUGUGAAGUAUCAGAUGUGGAAACUAGGUGUUGUUUUCACUGACAAUUCAUUUCUCUAUUUAGCCUGGUAUAUGACAAUGUCUGUCCUUGGACAUUACAAUAAUUUCUUUUUUGCUGCACAUCUUCUUGACAUUGCUAUGGGAUUCAAGACAUUACGUACCAUCUUGUCUUCAGUGACACACAAUGGCAAACAGCUUGUUCUGACUGUGGGAUUGCUGGCUGUAGUCGUUUACCUGUACACAGUUGUGGCAUUCAAUUUUUUCCGAAAGUUCUAUAAUAAAAGUGAAGAUGGAGAUACACCAGAUAUGAAAUGUGAUGAUAUGCUAACAUGCUAUAUGUUUCAUAUGUAUGUUGGGGUACGUGCUGGUGGUGGUAUUGGGGAUGAAAUUGAAGAUCCAGCAGGAGAUGAAUAUGAGAUAUAUCGAAUCAUCUUUGAUAUCACCUUCUUCUUUUUUGUAAUUGUCAUUCUUCUGGCCAUCAUACAAGGUUUAAUUAUUGAUGCCUUUGGUGAAUUAAGAGACCAGCAAGAACAAGUUAAAGAAGACAUGGAGACUAAGUGCUUCAUCUGUGGGAUAGGCAAUGAUUAUUUUGAUACAGUGCCCCAUGGUUUUGAAACACACACACUGCAGGAGCACAACUUGGCUAAUUAUCUGUUUUUUCUGAUGUAUCUCAUAAACAAAGAUGAAACAGAGCACACAGGACAGGAAUCUUAUGUAUGGAAGAUGUAUCAAGAAAGGUGUUGGGAAUUUUUCCCAGCAGGUGACUGCUUCCGUAAACAAUAUGAAGACCAGCUCAAUUAAAGUCAGAAUUUUCAACUCUUGAAAACAGAUCCUUCUUUCUCAAGUCAAUUUUAUAGAUCACUGAAGUUCUAUCUUUCAGGAAACCCUGAAGCUUUCUUUGUAAGGAUCUGACUGCACUUUUCCCCCUACCUUGUGUAUUUUCUUUGAAAACACAGACUGAAGAACAAUCUAAAUUCAUACACAUAUACACACACAGAAAUAGCUCUGGAAGAAAACACCAUUCCAGACAUUCUCUACAACCAUGCAUUACAUAUAUACACAGAGAGUUUUUUUUCUUCUGAGACUGCCAGAAGACUCUUUGGGCUAUAAGAAAUCCACACUCAUUCAGUCUCUUUAUUUCAUCAUCCUGGAAAGAACUAUCAAUAGUUCACAAAGCACUGGAGCACUGUAAUGGAUUCUUGUGGACACCAGUUAUGAUGGGAAAUAGUGCCUUACUAUAUGUGGGUUGAGCUAUGCAGAAGAUGAAUGCAUGAAAAAAAAACAUCUUUAUUUUCUUUAUGUCGUCACUUUGUUCUCAUUUAGAUUUAUUUUGUGAGUUGUUUUUCUUUUCUUUUUUUUUUUUUAAUUAGUUUUGGUGAGGGAGGGUAACAAAAGAAGUUUGUGCACUUUUUUAACAGGCCUGUGAUGUGUCUCAGGACAAGUAUCAUUGGCGAUUCUCAUUCAGUAUAUUCACUUUGACUCUCCCCAUUUGCUCUUGCUCUUUUUUUGGUAAUGCUCUGAUGCAGCACUGCAACUUUAUGAAAUCUUUAUAUGAAAACAAAAAAGACUGCAAAAAAAAACACACUUUCAAAUGAAAUAAUUCAUUGCAUGUUUAUUAUGCAAGUUUAAACAAAGAAAAGCUUCAGAAACAAGUUGAUCAACGUGAGAGAAUUUUCACAAUAAUUAUAUUCAUAGUAAUAAAGUGUUGUGGGCUUUAUUGUACAUUUGGAGCCAGUGUCAUCAGCCAACAAUGUGAUAUGUUAUGAACUUGAUAGUAGUUUUGGAAUUUUUUCCCUUAUUUUUUUUUUUGCCACCUGUGAUCAGUUGUGGAAUAAGAACUUUCUUCGUGUCAGGCCAUUUUUUAAAAUCAAAGCUGAAGCAAUAUCCAUUCAGGGAUUUCAUCAGUUGCAUCACAGAACAUGGAUGAUGAUGAUGAUGUAUACAUCAUUCCAUUUUGAGUCCUUUUAAAUUGUAAUGCCAAUAUUUACAAAUAAAAAGAAAAAUUCAGAAUGGAAGCAACAUCAUUUUGCUAACAUUGGAGCUCUUUUAUUACCAAAUCUGCCUGUUAAUUUUAGAGUUGUAAAACUGCUCUGAUUAAACUAUUUAACUAA